GAGACUGACUUGGAACAUGGCUUGUUACACAGAGAUGUCUGGCGUUGUCGAGGACCAGGAUAAAGAGUAUGUUGGCUUUGCAACAUUACCCAACCAGGUUCAUCGCAAGUCAGUAAAGAAAGGGUUUGAUUUCACACUACUGGUGGCAGGGGAAUCUGGCCUUGGGAAAUCAACCUUGGUUAACAGCCUUUUUCUCACAGACCUGUACAAAGACAGGAAGUUCCUCAAUACUGAAGAAAGGAUCACCCAGACUGUUGAUAUCACCAAACAUUCGGUGGAAAUUGAAGAGAAGGGAGUUCGGCUUCGGCUAACAAUUAUCGACACACCAGGAUUUGGCGAUGCUAUUAAUAACCAAGAAUGUUGGAAGCCAAUUGCUGAUUACAUAGACCAGCAGUUUGAGCAGUAUUUCCGUGAUGAGAGUGGUCUGAACAGGAAAAAUAUUGUGGACAACCGAAUUCACUGCUGCCUUUACUUCAUCUCUCCAUUUGGCCAUGGGUUACGGCCAUUGGAUGUGGAAUUUAUGAAAGCUGUGCAUAACAAGGUGAACAUUGUGCCACUCCUUGCUAAAGCAGACACACUGACUCCUGCAGAGGUUUCCAAAAUGAAACCAAAGAUCCGUGAGGAAAUCAAAUUCUACGGGAUCAAAAUCUACCAGUUUCCAGAAUGUGACUCUGAUGAGGAUGAAGAAUUUAAACGACAAGAUCAGGAACUGAAGGACAGCAUCCCAUUCACUGUGAUCGGUAGCAACACUGUGGUUGAAGCCAAAGGAAAGAGAGUUCGAGGCCGACUGUAUCCCUGGGGUAUUGUCGAAGUGGAGAAUCCAGCUCACUGUGACUUCGUGAGGUUACGAAAUAUGUUGAUUCGAACACACAUGCAGGACCUGAAAGAUGUGACACGUGACGUGCACUAUGAAAACUACCGAGCACAAUGCAUCCAGAGUAUGACCAGGAUGGUGGUGAAAGAACGGAACAGAAACAAACUGACAAGGGAGAGUGGCACAGAUUUCCCGAUUCCCCUUAUAUCGGGAUUGACAGAUAACGAGACAGAGAAAAUAAUUCGGGAGAAGGAUGAAGAGUUGCGGCGGAUGCAAGAAAUGUUGCAGAAGAUUAAGCAACAAAUGCAUGGCCAGAAUCCUGAUGGAUUGUAG